AUGGCUUUCUCUUUUCUUGAAGUCGUUUCGGAGCUUUGCGGCUGGGUGUACACAAUUUGCUGGUCCCUCUCCUUCUAUCCUCAACCUCUACUGAAUUUCCGCCGAAAGUCUACAACAGGAACCACCAUCGACUUCCCAGCAAUCAACGUCCUCGGAUUUGUGGGAUACUUCAUAUCAAAUGCGGCAUUCCUAUACUCUCCCCUGAUCCGCAAGGAGUACGCGUCGAGAAAUCAUGGUCUUACUCCAACAGUUCAGUUCAACGAUUUCGCCUUCGCAGCACAUGCUAUUGUCCUGAGCGCCAUUACACUUUCGCAAUUCCUACCUUCGCUAUGGGGCUUUGAGGAGAGGGGCGGUCCAGGUGCCAGACCAAGUCGCUUCAUAAUGAGCAUAUUCGUUGGUAGUAUACUGGGGGUGCUCAUUGUUAUACUUAUCGUCAUUGUGAGGAAUGACCCAGAUCCUGCUACUGGGUGGGCGUGGAUAGAUGUGAUCUACGCCUUCUCGUACGUCAAGCUUUUUAUCACGCUCGUCAAGUACAUGCCUCAAGUCCUUACGAAUUACCGAAAUCGAUCCACACAAGGCUGGUCCAUUGGCCAGAUUCUCCUCGACGUCGUUGGUGGCAUUCUCUCGAUUAUACAGCUUGGCAUAGACAGCUACCUGCAAGGGGACCGGUCUGGCAUUACAGGAAAUCCAGUGAAGCUGAUGCUAGGAAACAUCAGUAUUCUGUUUGAUAUUAUUUUUAUGACUCAGCACUAUUGCUUAUACCCAGGCUACAAGAGCAAAGAGCUUCUAGACGGAGAGGAUGAUCCAUUGCUUGGAGAUAGGGAAAGGAGGAUCGAUUAG